AAUUCAAACACAACAAGGAGGAGGAGGAGGAGGAGGAGAAAGCAGCAGCAAGCAAUGGAGGAGAAGAAGCUCCUCCGGAUCCUCCUGGGCCUCGUCUUGCCGCUGCUACAUGUUGAUGUCACCGCCGCCGACCUCCCUCCCUCCAACAAGCUCGUCUUCAUCCUCGCCGGCCAGUCCAACAUGGCCGGCCGCGGCGGCGUCGUCGCCUCCCACUGGGACGGCAUCGUCCCCCCCGACUGCGCCCCCAACCCCUCCAUCCUCCGCCUCUCCCCGCAGCUCCGCUGGGAGCAGGCCCACGAGCCACUCCACGACGGCAUCGACUCCAACCGCACCUGCGGGGUUGGCCCCGGGAUGGCCUUCGCCAACGCCCUCCUCCGCUCCGGCCGUGCGGGUGGGGCCCCCGUCCUCGGCCUCGUCCCCUGCGCCGUCGGCGGCACCAGGAUGGCCGACUGGCUCAGGGGCACCGACCUCUACGCCGAUCUCGUCCGCCGCGCCAGGGUCGCCCUCGAGACCGGCGGCCGCAUCGGCGCCGUCCUCUGGUACCAGGGGGAGAGCGACACCGUGCGUUUGGCCGACGCCAACGAGUACGGCCGCCGGAUGCUCAUGCUCGUCCGCGACCUGCGCGCCGAUCUCGCCAUGCCACACCUCCUCCUUAUUCAGGUAGGACUAGCAUCAGGGCUUGGCCAAUACACUGAAAUAGUAAGGGAAGCUCAGAAAGGACUCAAACUUCGAAACGUGAGAUUUGUUGAUGCAAAGGGGUUGCCGCUACAAGAUGGUCAUCUGCACCUGAGCACCCAAGCUCAAGUCCAGCUUGGACAUAUGUUGGCACAGGCAUAUUUGAACUAUGGGCACGCACAUUCUCAAUCCCCUAUAUCAUGGUGGCUGCAAAUUAUGUUGGCAUGUUGCCUCAUAUUUCUCUGAAGGGAGCCGUGCACAUUUAUGAUAAUUACCAGACACAGCCACAGAGGAAGUGAAGAAGAAGAAGAUGGUAGGCCUUUUGCACAUAAUCAUAUACCGACACACACAACACAAGCAUUUUAACGUGAUGCCGUUAGAAGAUUCACUCACUUUGUGUAUAUCAAACUAAGCAUUCACAAAUUCUUUGCCAGACAGGUGAUAGAAGUUCCAUUUCCAUGCACUAUACACGAUUUUCUCACUUGCAAAAAAAUUGCUAGCUUCAGUGUAAAUAGCAUUGGGUGCUCUUCAACAUUGUUACCUUUGGUUGGGCAGGUCCAAAUUAUGAGUAUCUAUCCGAUACACAUCAGUGCUGGUUCAUGUAGCAACUGUUGGUAAUCUUUGCCCUCUAGCGCGUAAACUGUGAUUUGUAUCUGACUAAAUGUGUACUCUCAGUAGGUGAGUGAGCGAUAUACAUACGGUACGUCGAUCAUGACACUUAGGACACAUCUGCAGCAGAAAAGGAGCGGUUUAUACUUCACCAGAAAUUUAGUGGGCACUGUAUACUGCAUAUCGUAAAAU